AUGGUGAUAGUUACGAAAUCAAUCUGUGCAUCAAUAGGCGUUGUUCUGAAGAACGCAAGGAUGACAAAAAAGAGUAAAAGGAAUGUGAAUGUGGACGAUGACGUUGUUCGACUUCCGGCUGGUAGUUUUUCCAAACUCUUGGCUGGUUGUGAUUACGAAGCCAAGGCCAACGAUCCUAUUUUGUUGCAUCCAGCGACAGGGGCUAAGACAUGUGCCGAGUCAUUCAAGGAGGGGUGUCCGAUUAAUCAAAUAAGUGACCUGGUCCAAGAUCAAAAUGGGUUUGGUCAUGGUUCACUGCCUACUGUAACUGGGAAGCUUAGUGAUGUUAGACCACUUUUGCGAGAUAACGUUGAGAACAACCAGAGAGAUGCACAGCAGAAAAGAGAGAAUAAAUUGCAAAAAGUUUAUCAUAUUCCUAUUCAUAAUGACCCUAUCUUCCCACCAACCUCCUUGCAGCUUGAAGUUGUCACUGGCGCUGCAAUCAAUUGGAGACAGGACCCAGAUAACCAAUUGAAAAAGGAGCAGGAUGAUCGUGGUCAGGAAUUUGACAUGCGUCAAGGACUCAAUGUUGAUCGAGUUCAAUCCUCUUUAUUGAGUGAGAAACCAUGCACUGAAAGACCCAUUUCACUCAACAUAACGACGUAUGCAUUUUCAGUUGGUGUCUCAACUUCUUCACUUUUGUCUGUGGAUAGUAGCAUGGACUCCUGUCAUAGUUCAAUGCCGUCAACGAUCGACAUGGCCCCUUCUCAUGGUUCAGAAUCCAAUAAAAGUGGCAAGGGUUGGAUGUGUAGUGUUUUCCCACACACAGUCUAUGAACGCGCACAUGGACCCACUAGCGGGCUCGUAUACAUACCCCUGAGUUUGGCUUGGUUGGGCACAAUGUGUUAACACGUCGUCCGAUGCCACAGAAAAAGAAAGGUCCGAUGAUAUCAUGGCGAACAUAAAUAUCGAUGGUACGCAUCUGUACUAACAUAACAUAACAGGGAAGUAUCCUAAUGCAUAUGACAUGCAUAUAUGCAUGAGAUCCUCAGGAUUUACAUUCAUAGCAUUGCAUUAACAUCACUCCCUUUCUCCUUUCAUCCAUGACAUAUUACAUAAUAUGCAUCAUGUAUACAUGACAGUCAUCACAUAAUCCAUCCCAUAUUUUUACAUGGGAAGACAUAACAUGACAUAGAGAGUUCUUUUCUAUUCUAAUUAGUAUUAGAUUAGUAUUAGUUAGUGAUCUCGGCUUAGUGAGUCCUUUCUUCCGUGAUGAACUGUUGGCACCAGUCCUCCAUUUUGUCUCUGUGGAUUGAGAAGAAAGGGGACUCGGCGGCAAGAGGAUUGUAACAUGAAAAAAGCAAGGAGGUCAACCUCUUUCAAAUAUACAACAUGGAUUCUGUAAUGGAUUGUAACAUGAGAGAAGAGGAUUGUAACAUGUUAGAAGAGGGUAGUUCAACUUCAUUUCAUUCGCAACAUGUAAUGGAUUUCAUUCACCUAAUUACCACGUGAGUGUUUUUUUCCUGAUCAUCUUUUCCUUUUCGUACAAAUUCAUCAUCAAUUACACACUUGCCCUUAUCCGUUGGUGUUUUUUUGUGAUGAAGUGAAUCCCCUCUCAGUGUUUAUCUACAUUUCCAUUAGAGAAAUCACCCUCUUGAGCUUCCUCUCGAAUCAGUGUUUAUCCACAUUUCCAUUAGAGAAAUCACCCUCGGAAUUCACUGCUUUGAUACAAAAAUUAAUAGGCCUUGCUCAACCAUUUCCUUAAUGACCAGAAAGGUAACAAGUAUAGUUUAGAGAGCUUCCCACCUCUCCCCAUUCUCAUAGAGAAUAGCCAAAACAGCCAUUAGCGAAAAGAUACCCCUCCGUCAAGCAAACAACUAUAUGCUCUAUUUCCCGUGCCUCUCGUCCAACUAACAAAAUCCCUUGGACCCACACAACCAUCCAAGCACACCCUCUUCACGUACCCAUGCUCCUCUUCUAACUAACAAAAUUCCUUGGGUCUACAGUCAUUCAAGCAAACCCUUCUCAUGUACCCCUACUCUCCCUCCCGCACCUACGUGUAUAGACUCUCGUAAUAGGGGGUCUAUAGAAUUUUCAGUCAUAAUUACUUUGGGCAGGAGGCUGAAGAAUGACGAGGGUUAACCGUUCCUGAUAAAGAUCACGGUGUUCCAAAUGUUCCAACUGGACCUAUUACACGAUCCAAGGCCAAGAAGAUUCAACAAGUAUUCAUUCUUCAUCUACAAAAUUGGAUUGACUCAGUUCAACCAUUAUUUCAUGUGUUACAAGCUGAUUCGAUUGAGGAAGGAUCAUUUGAAGCUUUGGAAGUGAAUAUUUGCACGGUUGAAGUAGCGAAUGAUAUUGCUAUAAAUUGCAUUUGAUUGAUAAGUUAUUAGAAAACUUUAUUUAUUAUUUUUAAUUUCAUAAUUUCUUGUAAUAGGAAAAAGGGUGGGGGAAGUUAUGUGUUACAAGCUGAUUCGAUUGAGGAAGGAUCAUUUGAAGCUUUGGAAGUGAAUAUUUGCACGGUUGAAGUAGCGAAUGAUAUUGCUAUAAAUUGCAUUUGAUUGAUAAGUUAUUAGAAAACUUUAUUUAUUAUUUUUAAUUUCAUAAUUUCUUGUAAUAGGAAAAAGGGUGGGGGAAGUUAUUUGUCAAAGCGACUCCAUUUUGUAGGGGAGUGGAAGUAAAUUAUGGCUAUUAACUUCGCAUUUGAAGAGUUCAAAGUUUCUUUUGUGGAGAGACUAUAAAUACCUACAAAUUACUAUGUAGAGCAUC